AGUAGCAGUACCGCGUAAACUUUUGUCCUCACAUGCGCAAGUAUCUCUAUCAGUUCAAUGCGCAUAACGUACAUUUGUUGUUUAUAUCGAGCACAUUCAAAUUGCACUUGAUAAAAAAUAUUCAUACUCGAGAAAACAAUGAACGAAUUCCAGAUUAUAAACAGUGUUUUAAAAGGUGAAGCUGUUGUGGUUGAUGAAAAACAUUUCACUUAUGUUGAAAGGCUUUUUCCCCAAUUAGGCGAGAGUCCAAAAAUAUUUCUCAUCUGCAAAAGUAUUGUAUCGACCAUCAAUUCUGCGCAUCGAGAAUUGACGAAAAUAACAGAUGAAUCUUUAGAAGUAACAAAUCAUGAUGUUACUGGAUCACCCUUGAAACACUCUUUUGGUGAAGAAAGUUUCAAUUUUACAAUUCUUAGCACAAAAAGAAAUUGGGCCAAAGAUGAAGAAAACUACAUGCCGUUGUCUAGACUUCGAGCAAAUACCAUAUUGAACCUAUGUCUUGAAUGUCACAAUGCAAAAUGGUCAAUGCCUGUAUUUGUUCUUUGUGAUGGUUCUGACAAAGAAAGCACAGUUUUACUUGGAACAUUUAGAGAGUCAGAAUGGUUUUCCACUAUGAAAGUUUGCGUCAAAGGUUUGGUAGGAUCUUCGGAAGUUCAUAAUUCCAGCUCACUGAUGGAAGAACACUUGAAAUUAUCUUCUGCGUCCGAACAUGAGGUAAUCGUAGUUGCAUCAAGCACAUACGAGUUUUUUGGGACCAAUAAAAAUUCUGUAGACUGGACAGAGAAUGAGAAAACUAAUUUUGAAGGAUAUUUAGGCUUGGAAUUGAGCUGGAAUACUUUGUCGUUUUUACCACCUACGAGAAUAAUUUCCAAUCAUUUGGUGGCUGAAGUAGCAGUUGGAUGGAAAGACAGUCCAUUGAGUGAUCUGUGGAAUCAGCUAUUAUUGCUCAACGAGUACUUGAUGAUUCUUGAUACAUAUCAGAAAAAAAAUUUGAGUUCCAGAUAUAGCGUUAUGCCCUUGAUGUUUCCACAAAGUUUCAGCACUCCUUACAUCAAGAAAUCGGAACAUUUAUUAGAAAAUUUGAAUCGUCUUUUGAGCGGGGAUACUGAUUAUGAAAAUGAUGAUGAUGAUGAUGAUCACUCAGUUCGUAAGGACAAACGACCUUUUAAUACCGCUGCAGGGUUUGACGAUGAUGCCCUUUUGCGAAAUAACUUGAACGAAUUAUCCUCUAGACAAAAUCUUGAUUUUACUGAUCAUCUUUGGCGAUUGUGCAUCGGUGCAAGCGAUUAUGCGCAAAUGACGGAUUGUCUUCAUACAGUUUUUGAAGAAAUUGUUAAUAAUCAUUACAAACCGCAGAUAAACGGAUUACAACCGACGCGACUUGCUAAUCUAAUAAAUGAUUUGACAUCCCAAAAUGCUACGGUGCCUUCGCUUGCUGGAAGUCUUCCACUGGAACUUGUCAUUGAUAUGGGCAUGGAAAAAAUGAUUCGGGAUUACAAGUAUUUAUUGUUGAGUGGGAAUCUCGCUGAUUUGCAUAAUAUGCGUGAAAAAUUAUCAAACGUUUCCACAGAGGAUUUUAACAUUGAUAAUUAUAGAACACUCCUGACAGCCAUGGCUCGAAUUCACAUCUGCCUCGAGUUUUUGCUUCUCGUGCAAAACAAUUUGGCCUGCAGAUUGGACAUGUCUUACGCCUUUUUCGAUUAUACCAUGAAAUGGUAUACGUCAAAUGAGUCACCGAUUAAAUCUUUUAACGAUUUGAUCGAUAACCCGAUUUACACAUUGAAAGCACCGGGAUCGAAUGCAGUGCUAAAAGAAGUUGCCAAAGCUUUACCGAAUACGUGGCGAGCUACGUUAACUUCGUGUCGUCAAACUAGAAAAUCUACAACUACGACAUACUACAGUCUUGUGCCAAUAUUUCCUCCAAAUAUUUAUAACGCAGAUGAUCCAAUCGAAGGAGAAGAAAGUUUCCACGUUACGAAAGUCAUUUCGUCCUCGUACAAAAUUUGUUAAAUCGACUGAGGAAUAAAAUGCGCUAUCAAUUAAAUAAUUGACUCGUGUGUGGAGUUGGUGUACAACUUUUUUCAUGAAAAACAUCCAUUCGGAUGUUUUUUAUCUUCAACUGAAGCAAGGUUGCAAGAAAAUUCUGAAAAUUAAGAAGUUGGAAGCGAUCUUCGGAGGAACAAGUAUGAAGGGGCCUUGCUGAAGUUUCGAAUAAUAAUCCCAAUUUCAUUAUUAGUUAGAAAAAAGAAAUAAUCGCAUACUAUAUAUAUAUAUAUAUAUAUUUUGUUCGUUAACGUGAUAAUUGUAAAAGCAUAGUUCGAAUACAUUCAAUGUAUAAAUAUAACUACAUGUAUGAGUG